AUGACUAGAGCUACCGAAGCACUUUUGACGCUCUUCGCAACUUCAGCGGUCUACUUUUCGAUAUACGCUGGCGUAAUUCCUUCUAGCGAGAAAUUCCAUGAACAAAUUUUACCUUUCUUACCCUGGUGGGUUCUUGUUACAUUUGGGGCAUAUUCUCUAGGUACUUUAGGGUGGGAUGUCCUCACUUUUAAAGAUAAAAAGGAGAAGUACGUCGAGCUUCUAGAGCAAAUCGAUGAAGCUAAGGCUUUUUAUGAAAAAGAAGGAAUUGAUUUGGAUUAA